AUGUCGAUUCCGUGUUUGUUUGAAGAUCGCUUCACAGUGCGAAAUGUGGACAACAGCAAAUUUGAACAUGUCAGCAGAAUACGCGCUAAGAGCUCUGGCCUUGAUGCGGAUCUCAUCUUAGAUGUACACAACCAGCUGCUGCCUGUAGCGGAGAAACAGGGGCUGCACAUUGGCCUUACAAAUUCCCUCGGGGGCCCCGAUCGCAAAGACGAUGCUGCAGCAGAUUCGCAGGUGUUGAACGGCUACGACUAUGUUAUGUAUGGCAAAGUGUUUAAGCUGGAGGAGACAUCUUCAGAGAGACGGACGUUAUAUUUGUCUUUUGGGGGUCUCUUAAUGUCGUUAGCGGCAGAUAAACAUGUUGUCGGAGACCUCGAGCUCGAUAUGCGGGUCUACCUGUUGGUGAAGCGUUCUCCAGACUCUCUAGUAGACUAG